GUGGUCGUGAAGCGCAGAGCGAGCGGAGCGCGGCCUCCGGCUGCUCCCCUGGUGCUGUCUGCCAUGGUGGCUAGUCAGCGAGCGGGACGCGGCGGCGGCGGCUGGCUUGGUUAGGAAGAUACGAAUCAAGCAGUGGCGGCUCAGGGUCCUUAGCACUGGUCCGGGUCGCGCUUGGCGUUUGGGCUCCUUUUACGUAAAGUGGGUGUUGGGAAGGUGUGGAAGACAGGUCACCUGUAGCGCUUAUUAAUCAACUCCAGCCAUUCGUCCCAGGGCUUGAGAUUUAAACGAAGUCGCCUGUGUGUGAAGCUCUCGGGUAGAAUGUUUGUCUGGCACGUUGACGGUCUGGAGUCCAAAAUGCAGCAUCGCUGCUGCGGGCUGGAGAGUCCUUUAGUAGCUGGUCUGCUAAGGAACGAACGAAGUUGGAUUUGAAACAGCACGAAACCCGGCCCUAGUAGUAAACAAGACUUCUCCAGGACGCUGUUUUGGGACAAGACCUAGAUUGUCAUGACGCCUUACCAGCUGCCGCCACUGGGGCACUCAGGAUGGUCCAGCGUUUGACAUACCGCCGUAGGCUUUCCUACAACACAGCCUCUAACAAAACUAGGCUGUCUCGAACCCCUGGCAACAGGAUUGUUUACCUCUACACCAAGAAGGUUGGGAAAGCACCUAAAUCUGCAUGUGGCGUGUGCCCAGGCAGACUUCGAGGGGUUCGUGCUGUGCGGCCCAAAGUCCUUAUGAGACUGUCUAAGACACAGAAGCACGUCAGCAGGGCCUAUGGCGGCUCCAUGUGUGCCAAGUGUGUCCGUGACAGGAUCAAGCGGGCUUUCCUUAUUGAGGAGCAGAAAAUCGUUGUGAAAGUCUUGAAGGCACAAGCACAGAGUCAGAAAGCAAAAUAGAUAUGCACAUUUUUUAAGUAAUAAAAAUCAAGACUUGAUCUAC